AAUCUGUGUUUAUAAAAUCCUUAUCAUAUCGUCCAUCUUUGAUAGUAAGAAGUAAACGAUUUCAUAUCAGCUUCAUCCAUCGCUCGGUUCAGGAGAAAAAGAGAAAUAGACACAUGACACUAAAGGUAUAUGCCGAUCGAUUCUCCCAACCAUGUCGUGCGAUUCUCAUCUUCUGCAAGAUAAAUGGGAUAGAUUUUGAAGAAAUCACAAUAGAAGUCCUGAAACUUCAACAAUUCACUCCGGAAUAUAAAGAAAUAAACCCAAUGUCGGAAGUUCCAGCAAUCGUUGAUGGAGGAUUCAAGUUGUUUGAGAGUCAUGCUAUUCUUAUCUACCUAGCUUGUACAAAUCCAGGAGUAGCAGAUCACUGGUAUCCUGCUGAUAUAUUCAAAAGAACAAAGAUCCACUCUCUCUUAGACUGGCAUCAUUCCCAUCUCCGUCGUGGUGCAACUGGACUUGUAUACAACACGAUACUAGCUCCUUUAUAUGGAUUACCUUCGAAUCCUAGAGCAGUUGAUGAAGCUAAGAAGAUACUUCCGAAAUCUUUGUCUAUAUUAGAUGACUUUUGGCUACAAGGAUCCGGCCAGUUUCUGCUUGGAAAUUCUGAACCAUCAAUAGCGGAUCUCAGCUUAGUAUGUGAAAUCAUGCAACUAGAGUUUCUAAGUGAGAAGGACUACCUUAGAAUAUUAAGUCCUUACAAGAAAGUUUUGCAGUGGAUUAAAGAUACAAAGAAUGCUACUGCACCUUAUUUUGAUGAAAUCCAUAUGACUCUGUUUAAUGCUCAAAAAGGAAUCCGAGAGCAUAUGCUCACACAAUCAGUUAGUAGCCCUGAGGGUGGAAGGAAAAGUGAAGUGUAUUCAGAGAUGUGAGAGAGGAAGAAUAAAUUUCCAAAACUCUUUGGUUGGAUAUGACCUCCUUUCUUGUCCUUAAAGAAGAUGAUCUUCUUUCAUAAGGUCGUUUCAUGCAUGUAUACCUAAAUAAAUAAUGGUGUGUGAAAGGUUAUAUUGUAAGGGUUGGAAGAAAUGUCCACUUUUUGUACUCUAGAAAUAAACGUUUGUAGAGGUUCCAUAAUAAUGGUUUGAAAUUUCAUUCCUA